GGGCGCACGGCACAGGCAGCCCUAAGACCUCCCUUGAUAUACUAAUAUGCAGACAGAAGACCAUGUUUCAUGUCUAAAAACUGAUUUGGUAAAAUCUUGUGGGACAUUUCAUAUUCUUGUUGGCGUAACGGGAAGCGUUGCAGCCUUGAAACUGCCUCUUUUGGUCUCCCAGCUUCUUCAGCUCUCUGGGGUCGAUGUAAGAGUGAUCACUACGGAGCAUGCCAAGCACUUCUACAAUCCUGCAGAGGUUUCAGUAAAAAUCUACAGUGACAAAGAUGAGUGGGAGAUGUGGACGCAGAGAUCUGACCCUGUGCUACACAUUGAGCUAAGGCGCUGGGCAGACCUAUUUGUCAUUGCCCCCCUAGAUGCCAACACUCUUGGAAAGAUUGCUAAUGGCAUUUGUGACAAUCUGUUGACGUGUGUGGUAAGAGCCUGGGAUACCAGUCGGCCUCUCCUCUUCUGCCCUGCAAUGAAUACGGCUAUGUGGCAGCAUCCCAUUACAGCCCGGCAGGUAUCCAGUUUGAAGGAGUUUGGUUAUGUGGAAAUCCCCUGCAUUGCUAAGAAGCUAGUGUGUGGAGAUGAAGGUAAAGGCGCCAUGGCAGAAGUAUCGACCAUUGUCAGUGCUGUCAAACAGUAUCUUCAGAAACCAGAUGAGUCAUCUGAGAAAACAUGAACAUCACAUUGUAUUGUACAUUCAGCUGACACCAAAGACCAAUAAAAAGAAAAAUAA